UAACAAAACCAGAUUUGAUAUCUUGAGUUUUAGUCCUCCGACCUCUCAUCCGUUUAUCCAGAAAGCACAUCAUCAUCGUCAUCACCACCACCGCCGGAGAUGGCGAUAUCCUCUGCCGCCAUGACUUUAAGUUUACACUACACACCAACCGUUCCAAAUCGGACUUCUUUAUCUUCAUCUUUCUUUACCAACAACACCUUCAAACCCUUGACUCUGGCCCAUGGAAGUAUGAAUAAUAAGAAGAAACGUUCGUUUUCUUGCAACUGUUUGUUCGGACUUGGUGUCCCCGAACUUGUCGUUAUUGCCGGUGUCGCGGCCCUUGUUUUCGGUCCCAAAAAGCUGCCGGAGGUUGGUCGCAGUAUUGGCAAAACUGUCAAGAGCUUCCAACAGGCAGCAAAAGAAUUUGAAACCGAGUUGAAAAAAGAACCCGAGACGUUGGGAGAGUCUUCAGAUGCGACUGCUGUGAAUGAGCAGGAACCCGAAGAGUCGAAAGUGCCAACCACAAAGGACAGUUUGUAGUGAUGUUUUUCAUAGCAUUGUUGUAACAUGUUUUAGCGUGUGUUUAAUAGUUAAAAAUCGCUUCACUUUACGUUCGUUGAACUCAACUCGUGGUGUUUGGUAAAAGUAUGUAUGAGAAGUCGUUUUUGAUCUGGUUUCUGAUA